AUGCCAAAUGUAAUAAAGCCGCUUUUUGAGCGUUUGGCUCAUCUUGGUUUUUCAACCCAUCAGAGUCUGAAUGUCCUGAUCCUGGUACUAGGAGUAUUGGCUUUUUGUUUUAUUUGUGAAUGCAUCUUUUACGUUUUAACGAACAGUUCAGCUGGAAUUGUGAUCUCCCAGGCAACAUUUGCGGCUACAAGACUGUUCAGUCAGUACGAUCGAAACGUGAAAAAUCUCUACUUCAAUAGUGAGUCCAAGAAUGUCAUCACCGGAAAAGUAAUAGUUAAUUUGAUUGAAGAUGAGUAUGAAAAAUCCAAAAGGGAAAGGCUGGCUUUGUUUUCCAAGGAGAAGGAUAUUUUAGAAAAGAUAAAAGUGAGCCCGCUUCAAUUCAGUUACGAUGGAUCUCAAAUCGAUUUCAAGAAACUGCUAUCCGAUUACAGCGAUAUCCUGAAUGAAAAUAGAUUAAGCUUUCCGCAUCCAGAAAGAAUUACGACAAAUAGCGGAAAGCCGGUGAUUUGGAAAACGGAGUUUCUUGAUAAAGGGUUUGAAACAUUGUCCGAGAAGCGGCUUCGUGAGAUAAUGCAUUUUGACAGCCUGUUUGUGAGGGAUCUUCGUUUUAAGCAUUCGAGAGUUGUAAACAGUCUACCUUCAGAAUUUCCAGAAGGUCUAUACAAUGGAGAGGGAUAUGUGAUGGUUGGAGGCGGAAAAUAUACGUGGUUUGCAUUUUUAUCGAUACAAUCACUCCGAAAAAGUGGUGCUAAACUCCCAUUAGAGCUAAUGAUACCAAACGAAGCCGAUUAUGAGCCUUAUUUGUGCAACGAGGUCCUUCCAAAGCAGUAUAAUGCGAGAUGCGUCACUUUUGCAAGCAUCUAUGGCAAGAGUGUACUGAAGAAGUUUGGUCAGGUUAAAGGGUAUCAGAUAAAAUCGUUUGCAUUACUUGGUUCAUCUUUUGAGAAUGUGCUUUAUCUAGACUCUGACAACUUUGCAGUGAAAAACCCGGACUACUUGUUCCAGUCAGACCUUUUUAAGAAAUACCAGAUGAUCACGUGGCCUGAUUUCUGGCGGAGAACAUCCUCUCCUGCUCUUUACUCUGUUUUGGGAAUUAAAGUUGGCUCUAAACCGGUCAGGCGCUUAAAUGAUUUGUUUACAGAUCCAAACCAAUACACAACAGCCGAUGAUCUUGUUUCGCCAGAAGAAGAAGUGAAUUUUCAUGAUCUGAAAGGAACAUUAAUGGAUUGGACUACCGAGGCAGGCCAGAUCAUGCUUAAUAAAACGCUUCACUUUAAUACUUUGCUACUUUCUUUAUAUUACAACUAUGAUGGACCGGCCGGCUUUCAUCCAUUAAUAUCCCAAGGAGGAGCUGGGGAAGGUGAUAAGGAAACAUACGUUUUGGCAGCAUACUACUUGAAAAAGAUGAGUUAUCAAGUUUACAAGAAGCCGGAUAAACUGUACGGUACCUUUGUCAAGACAGCAAACUGGUACGUCGACUCCACAAUCGUCCAGAUGGACCCUGUUGUGGAUUAUGAGAACCUAAAACGCAUUAUAUUGCAGAAUCAAGCCGAUGUCAAGGCUGCCAAGAAGUUUACAUACAACUACGAUUAUACAUAUGGAAAAUACGUCACUCGAGGAAACGGAAUUGUGCCAUCACCCAUGUUUUAUCACAUUCACUCGCCAAAGAUGGACCCAUUUGAGUACGUGACUCAUGACUGGUUUACGGAUAUGGAAGAUAACCCAAUUCGAAAUUUUGGUGACAGCUUUGCCGAUAUUGGAUAUGAUUUGGAGCUUUGGAUAUGGGAGAAGGUGAAGGAAAACUUGUGCGGACCAGAUUCAUUCAGCUUCCGAUGCUUUGAGUCCGAAAAUAUUACACUUAUCUGUGACAACAAGGUGGUUGAUAACAGAAUAAAGUGGCUUCAAGAUAGUGGAAAGGCAGUGCUUGAUAAUUCUGACAGCAAACAGCAUGAAGAAGUUGAUGCAAUUGACUCAGAUAAAAGCUCGGAGCUGGACGAUUUGAUAUACGAGAAGAUCAAGAACUCGCUAAACUAUGAUUAUGAUGAAUCGCUCUAA